AAGUGUUCAAGGCUUCCCUGAAUAAGCUGUUGUGUGAAGGAAUUGAGAGUUUCUCUCCCUUUUAAUUGUUUACUGCAUUAUGUUUAGGCUGUUCCUGCUGCUCCCUGUGAUUUUGGCUGCUCUAAAGCAGGCAGCUUCACAAGGAAAUGGAUCUCUUUUCAUCUCUAAACAAGAAAUCUUCAGGAGAGUGGUGGAUCUCCUAGUCCCAGGAGAAGACAUUUUGAGUGAGGCGGCUGUCACCUCUUUAAUACAUAUCUUAGGGAACCGUGUGCAGUGUUCUGAGGUGCCGUGUGAAGAGUGUUUCACAGCGGGUGACUUUUUUGAACUCGCCAAGAAAAAUAGGAGUGAAACCAAAACACUGACAUUGUUCGACUUUUUCCAAAUUACACCCGGAUUGCUACUUUUCCUGAGCCACCCCCAGAAGGAAUGCAAGGUCGUACAGUCUGGAAUGUGGGACAAAGCGACACUGUCUUUCACAGAGAGUCUCAUGAUGAACAUUAACCAAACUCUUGACCCCACCCAUCACCAAGUAGAAGAGGUACUGGUGGCAAUACAGAGGAACUAUCUAACAGUGGCUAAAGGUCAGCCUUGCGUCGAUGUGAAUCAAAUCUUGGAAGAGUCUGGCCUUGGUCCGAAUGGAAUGACAGAAGAUAACCUCAGUCAUUUUUCUGCUAUUGUGCUUUACCAUGUACUGCAAGGGAAUUGUCUACUCCAUCAUUUAUUGCCUGGGCCUGAAUUCUUUCUCGAUUUUAUCUUUCACACGCAUCACAAUGAAUCUACGAACCUCACCAGAGCAGAACUUGAGGAAGUGAUGCUUGAAAUUGGUCUGGUUCAGAAUGAAAAUGAAGCUUCCACGGCUCAUGGUCAUGAAGAAGACCAUGGGGAUGAGGACCAUGGAGAAGAUCACAUUCAGCUGAAAGCCACUGGUCUGGAGAGGGAGGAAGCUAACAUGACUGCCAAUAGGUGGAACACGAAAUGCUUCAGCUCCAUUGAAAUCAUGACCAUCUAUGGCAUUCCAAUCAAUGCCAUGAUUUCUCGUGGUGACUUUGUCCAGCUGAGUCCUGCGUUGAUCCAGCAACUUCUGAGUCAAGCCUGCACCAGAAACCACCACAUCGCAGAGGAUAAUGAAUUUCAGCUGACCACUGCAGAAAAAUAUAUAUACGGAUCAAUCGCAACAUUAGUUGUGAGCCUUUGUGCUGUGUUGGGGAUUGUGAUUCUAUUUUUUACCUCUUGUACCACGGCAUAUCAGUAUAUUAUACAAUUCUUCAUAAGUUUGGCUGUGGGCUCACUAACUGGUGAUGCUGUGUUACAUCUCAUACCUUCGUUUCUUGGUUUACAUAAUCACCAGGACGAUCACGAUCACACGUCAGUCUCUCACACCUGGAAGCUACUGGCUGUUAUUGGAGGCAUCUAUGCUUUCUUCCUGUUGGAGAAGAUAUUCAAUAUAUUAAUAAAAGAUGAAGAUGGUGAACAAGAUGGCCAUCACUGUGAUCAUGUGCUGGCCCUUCAAGCGUUUAAAGACAGGCAGAAGAACAAACAGGAGAAAAAGAAGACAACAUCCCAGGUGGAGCUAACAGCUUCUGAAGUGUCCUUAGAAAGUGAUUCUGGUCAACAUCACACUAAAGGCUUGAGGGUGCUACCAUAUAUGAUAGUGAUUGGCGAUGGUAUCCAUAACUUUGCAGAUGGACUGGCUCUAGGAGCAGCGUUCUCUGUUUCCUGGAAGACAGGACUUGCCACAACACUCGCAAUCUUGUGCCAUGAGCUUCCACAUGAAAUGGGUGAUUUUGCAGUUUUGUUGCACAGUGGCCUUUCUGUGAAGAAAGCUGUUAUUAUGAACUUUGUCAGUGCCUUGACUGCCUUUAUUGGACUCUACAUAUCAUUGGCUGUUGCAACGAAUGAGAUGGUACAGCAAUGGAUAUUUACGGUAGCAACAGGACUCUUCCUAUAUGUGGCUCUUGGAGAUAUGCUUCCAGAAUUGAUGCGAGCAAAGGGCAAAAACCCUUGGGUUCUAUUCCUUCUGCAAAAUAUGGGAUUACUUGUUGGCUGGGCAAUCCUACUCCUGUUGUCACUUUAUGAGCAUCAAAUCCAGUUUGGAUAGAGCAAGGACUUGUUUUACUCUGAAAUGUACCUGAUGGGAUAAUUUGCGUAGUUCUCUUUUUAAACUUCUUAAAUUUUUUAAACUUGACUGCAGCACGGUGGCUUGUGAUUGUAAAGCUGGUGGUUGGGUGCAUUCGUUGUGUGAUAUUUCAUCAGCUAACUCUAUUUUCUUCAAAAUGGGUUGUGAAGAUAAUUACAAGGCGGAGAUGCUGCCAUUUGUGGUGGAUAAAACAUUGACAACCUGAAGGAGCAAAUAAUUAAAACUUAGAAAAAUAUGGAAGGGGGAGGUGGUGACAUAAUGGUAACAUUACUGGACUAGUAAUCCAGAAUCUCAGGUUAAUUUUCUGUGGACAUGAUUGCAAAUCCCAUCACAGCAAAUGGUGAAAUUUGAACCAAAUUAGAAUCUGGACUAAAACGCGAGACUAAAGGUGAACAUUUGUCAUUGUCAAUUGUCACAGAAACCCAUCUGGUUCAUUCAUGUCCUGCAGGGAAGGAGAUCUGACCUCCUUACCUCAAUCGAUCCACGUGUGACUCCAUAUUGAUAGCAAUAUUGUUUACCUCUGAGGCAAUUAAGGUCAACAAUAAAUACUAGCCUAGCCUACAAUGCUCACAUCUCAUGAACAAAUUUUUAAAAAGCCAGCAUGAUCUUAUGGGAUAUUAUUUAUAUCUGACAAAUAAAUUACAAUGCUUCAAAGUAAUAAAGUUAAGUUCAAUAGACAUUCAGUAAUUCCUGUUGAGCAAAGCAUUUGCCAUUUACUAAAGUAUAGGAUAGAAGGGUAACUGUGUAAAAGUGCUGCAUUUUUAUAUGACGAGGGAUGAGUGCUUGAGUUAUCAUAGCACAACAAAAUGCAACUGUAAAGGAAUUUAUAAAUUAUUUUUUAUAGAAGAUUAUAGAUUUAGAAACAAAGAUGCAUAUUUGCUGGGGAUGGUAAACAAAGAUGCUUGUUGAUGGUUAGUGGUUACAAAUGUAGUGGACAGGUACAAAUACUAAGGAAGCAUAAUAGAUGGUCAUUUAAUAUGAUGAGAUUGGAGAAGUGAAUAACCAGUAAGAAUAUAAAUGAAUGGAUAUUACCAUCCAGAUGAUGUAGGGUUAAUGUGGAUAGCUGAUUAUGGCAUCAUUUUGGCAUCAGAACAGUAUGUGGCUUUUUCAAGAAGGCAACAGAACCAUAGGAUGCAUAGUUGUUUGUUUAUUCCUAUUUCUUUCUUGACAAAAAAGGAAUAAAUAUCAGACACUCUUAUCGCAAUGCCUGAGAAAUCACUUGCACCGUAAGUGUCUGUGAAGAGGAUUUCAUGACCAUAGCAAUUUGGAUGAAAACAGAGGAUUGGCUGUAGGCCAUGAUACUCAUUUGAAUAGCUAGUGCAGACCCAGUGGGCCAAAUGGCCUCCUCCUGCGCUGUAACACUUCUGUGAUUCAACGAAGGAAGUUCAGCAGUUCAGACUGUUAGGAUAAAUAUUGUCCCCAUUUCUGAUCGUGAAUGGUUAGAACUUAAGGUCAGUCUUUUCCUGUUUCAACUGGCCACAGUUCCAGACAAAAGAUAGCAGUGGAACUCAGACAAUGAAUGCUUAUAUGGAACUGCAAAAUUUGAGUCGCUGAAUUUGUUCCCCUGAUGUUUGUCAUGGUACAAAGGUUGGUCAUUUAGAUGUUUAAAAUAAACUAUGUAGAAUCUAGGAGAGUUUGAUACUGGUAUGUUGUAAAAAGCAUUAUUAUUGACCUCAAAACUGAACUUGAUUGUUCAGUAAAAACGGCAGGUUUAUGGGGCUUUCUUUAUUCACCUCUGAAGGUGUGUAUGCCGCUGACCUCAUCAUUUGUAUCCACACUAGAAGAAGAAUGGGAGAAUAGCAUAGUCACUAUGUGAGAAACUUGGGAAUAUGUGUUUUAUACAUGGCCGUCGUUUAUUGCCAUUGAUGUUACAACAGACCUCACUUCCUUUCUGAAGCUAAUGUGAAAUGAUCUUUAAAAUUGUACAACAUAUAUAAAAAAGAAACAGCAUUUCUAACUCACAUGUAUUCAAUGAGUAACUGAAGAACAUCUACAAUUCCUAUACCUAAAGUAUAUAAUUUACUGUUUCCAAGCAUAUCCCAUUUGUUGUUACUGUAUGGGGGCAUCUUUAAUCUUACUUGAUGAGUGGGAAAUCCACUGAAUUGGGAAGAAUGCUGAUUUUUUUACUCCAUAGGUUUCAUUUUCAAAUAUCCUGCCAUUCAAUGUUACUUUUGCAAUUGCCCGUUUUUACUCAUUGUUGGAAUUAACAGUUGCCAAACCAGCAUUCCAUCUGAUCCCUGGAGUUUCACAUCACAUGGGUUUGCUUAAAAGUGCUCCCACAUUGUCAGCCUAGAGUCAGUCACUGGCAUUGUCUGCACUAAGUCAGAUGUUUGAGAGGUUGAUCUCCUUUGAAGGAGAGGCUCAUACCUGAAACAGUUUUACGAAAAGAAGUUGUUAAAGCAGUACAGGGUGGGGUCGGUAAAUCAAUUCUGUAACUGUAACACUUCCAGAUGAGUCAGAAAAUUGUGUGUUUGUAACCUACUCCGGAGACUUGAAUUCAAAAUGGCGACUGGUGCACCACCAUGUACUAGAGAAGAAUUGCACUGUUGGGGAUGCUGGCUCUCCUCCUGGGAGGCUGUAUGAGAUCCCACACCACUAUUCCAAGAGUCAGGGGGCCAAUUGUAACCCUCAAACAUUAUAGCUAACAGAAGUGACCUGGUUAGUUGUCUCAGGUUGUGAGAUCUUGCUGUGCAUAAAUGUGGCUACUAUGUUUCAACAACCAUGAUGCUUCACAAUUGCUUCACUGACUGGGAAUCCAUUUGGCCAUAAAACACUCCAUCUAAAUGCAAAUGUCUUUAGUUCUUGCCUAUACAUCCUAAUGGGAAAAAUUUAUCUCAUAAAGCAGGCUCUGGUAUGUUUGAAUAAUUUAUUGCUUUGAUUGGCUUUUUCUAAGUGUGCACUAGUUUAUAAAAUCAUGAGGGGCAUGGAUGGGGUAAAUAGGCAAGAUAUGUUUCCUGGGGUGGGGGAGUCCAGAACU